CUUUGUCUUCUGCACAUCAAAAGGCGCUUGAGGAUUGCACUCAGUCAACACUUCAUUGAAGGGGCUUCAAUCAGAAUCGGAGCAUGUUGCUGCAAAAUUGGAUCUUCUGACGACUGAAAGGAUGCUCAUUUCGGACCAGGAAUAUUCCAACUCUCAGACUGGACACAUUUGAGGAGGAGGAGGAAAUGAUCGCUCUCCCGAUGGACUUCUUCAACUAGACUUCAGAUUAUCAAACCGCAAACACGCAGCUUCAUCCCAGCCAAUUUUUGGCAUCGGACUAAGAGCGAUGACGUCGGGUGACGAGCGGCGGCGGACGAAGGCGGAGUCGUAAUGACCAUGUGGCCCCCGAAAGGAUGAUCAGCUCAGCGGCGGCCCGCCCGGAUCGCUCGGACGCCGAGUCAGCAAACUCGCACGCUGAGAUGACCCAAGAACAGUGCAGUCAUAGGAACAAUGUCCAGAGUUCAGAACAAGCGCAAGUGUACAAAGUGGGAAUCUACGGCUGGAGGAAACGCUGCCUUUACUUCUUCGUCCUGCUGCUGAUGAUACUCAUCCUCGUCAACCUGGCGCUCACCAUCUGGAUCCUCAAGGUCAUGAACUUCACCAUCGACGGCAUGGGCAACCUGAGAAUAACGGAGAAGGGCCUCAAACUGGAAGGGGACUCGGAGUUCCUUCAGCCUCUUUAUGCCAAAGAAAUCCAGUCCAAACCAGGUCGCCCUCUGUACCUGCAGUCGUCCCGAAACGUGUCUGUCAACAUUGUCAACAGCAACAACCAGCUGCUCACGCAACUCGUAACAGGAUCCAGCGGGUUCAAAGCGCGAGGGAAGAUGUUCGAGGUCAAAUCCACGACCGGCAAGCUUCUGUUCUCGGCCGACGAGCAGGAAGUGGUGGUGGGCGCAGAGAGGCUCCGGGUGAUGGGCGCCCAGGGAGCCGUGUUCAGCAAGUCGGUGGAGACGCCGCACGUGCGGGCCGAACCCUUCAAGGAGCUGCGGCUGGAGUCACCUACCCGCUCCCUGCUCAUGGAGGCCCCCAAAGGCAUCCAGAUCCUGGCUGAGGCCGGGGACAUCCAAGCCAUCUGCAGGAAUGAGCUGCGACUGGAGUCCAAAGACGGAGAGAUCUCCUUGGACGCCCGCCGUAUCCGCCUGAUGCGUCUUCCGGAGGGUAAGGCGUCCUCCAGCGCCUCGCCGUCCGGCACCAGGCAGACGGUCUACGAGGUUUGCGUUUGCCCCAACGGGAGACUUUUCCUCUCCCAGGCCGGCACCGGAUCCACCUGCCAAAUCAGUAGCAACAUCUGCCUCUAGGACUACCGAGCACGACGAUACGAGAGAUUCUGACUCAUGGAGUCUCAAACGGAACGGUCCCCGGACUGAUCUUUAAGGCCCUGAUCCGUAUUUUUCUAAAUAAGUGGGGGAAAAAAGCCUCUGGACACUGUAUUUAUUACAUCAUAUUCCGUCGCUUUCUACGUUAGGGAAUUCAAUUCGCUAGACUGAGACUUUUUUUUUUUUUUUUAAAUGUGUAUUGAUGCGGGCGGAGUCGGCCCAUCAGGAAUAUCGACAAGGAAUAAUUGCUCUGAAAUGGCGUGACCUAAAACUGCCAUACAAACUUUUGAUCACAUGGACAAUGAAAGGUAAUAGACGCUGAUCCAGCACCAGAACCACUCGAGUGAUCGUCAAGCCCCGCCCAAUCUCAUGUCACUCAUCCUCGCUUUGGAAUUAUUUUUGUUUAAUUGAAAGUUUUUCCUAUAACAUUUGGUGCUCAACAAAUGUAUUAGAUGGCCGCCCCAAUGCAAGUCUUGGCUGACUGCUGGAAUAUCAAUACUGUUGUUAUCUAUGAAUUUUCAAAUUUACAGUUUCAUACAAAAAAAUGUUUUCGGGGUUGAAUGGUAAAAACAGAGUCUGCAUUUAAGCACUUCAUGAUGCUGGAUGCGCUCUUAGACGGUGGCCUUCUCAAGUUUGUGUUUGAAAAAAUUGGUCGAGCUUUGAGAGCGCACUGAAAGAAAGAAUAUGCAUUAAAGCACGUUAUGAGGCUUGGAUGCUCUCUGACUCAAAUAGGCGGCGCUCUCAAAUUUGGGUCGCAACAUAGUGAAUUCACUUUUGAAAUUCCACAUCCUUGUUUAAUAGUAGACCAUCGAGACCACACUGAAAUUUUAAAAGAGUCCGCAUUAAAGCAUUCCAUGAUGCUGGAUAUGUCUCUGAGACAAAAAGGUUGCCAACUCAAAUUUGAGUAUGAAUUCAGCGAAUUAAUUAAAAAAUUCUUCAUUUGGCGGGACGGUGACCGACUGGUUAGCACAUCUGCCUCACAGUUCUGAGGACCGGGGUUAAAAUCCCGGCCCCGUCUGUGUGGAGUUUGCAUGUUCUCCCCGUGCCUGUGUAGGUUUUCUUUGGGUACUCCGGUUUCCUCCCACAUCCCAAAAACAUGCAGGGUAGGCUAAUUGAAGAUUCUAAAUUGCCCGUAGGUGUGAAUGUGAGUGCAAAUGGUUGUUUGUUGAUAUGUGCCCUGCGAUUGGCUGGCGACCAGUUCAGGGUGUACCUCGCCUCUCGCCCGGCGAUAGCCGGGAUAGGCUCCAGCACGCCCGUGACCCUAGUGAGGAUAAGCGGAAGGGAAGAUGAAUGAAUGAAUUUUUCAUUCUUGUUAAAUAUGGUAUAAUUUUCAAAAGCGCUGUAAAAUCGAAAGAGUCCACAAUAAAGCACUCCGUGACAUUGGUUGUUCUCCUGAGAAAUAUAGGUGGCCAUCUCAAAUGUGUUGCUAAAAAAAAAAAGGUGAAUUCCUCAUUUCGGUUGCACAUUGUAGAAUCUGGAGAGCGCACAAAGAUUUUUUUAUAUUCAAGCAUGUCAUGAUGCACUCAGAGUGAGAUACGUGGCUAGCUUACAUUUGGAUAUGAAAAGGGUGAAUUCAGUUUUGAAAUUCCUCAUGCUAGCACAUGGCGAGCACACUGACAUUUUGAAAGCGUCCGCAUUAAAGCAGGACAUGUUGGUCUUCUACGUUUGCUAAGCACUUUGACAGCAUUAUAAAUCCCUACUUUGCUUGUCCAGUGUGGCUCAGUCCAACUUGGAAGCAGCAACUCUCAGAUCUCCUCCUGAUCCUAUCUCCCAAAAAUUGUUUUAAUUGCAUACAGGAGCAUUUAUUAAACAUUAAUAGGAAAAUUCCCAAAACAAACCGAAAAGCUUGAGGAAUUUUGAUCUCAUGUGGAGCGUGCCCAGCGAAUGUUCCGGCAAAUUACGAAGCUACGGGCGACAUUCCGUCUGGCUGAAAACAACAAUCCCGCCCCCAAAAAAUGGAAUUGACUUAACUGUGAAAUCAGCUUCUCUUGUGCCAAAAUGUCACCAUUUUUUAUUUUUUUUUUUGGGUUGUUUUUUUUCCACCCACUUGUGCCACUCUCCCGAAGGCUCCCGAAGGCUCAUUUUGCGGAUAUUGUUUGGACUGCGAUCCGUUCUGCAACUGUGGUCACCCCGACUUGUUUCUUGCACAUUUUGUCAGAGGAGCAAGUGUGCCUGUGCCUUACACUUGUGGCAAGAAGAAGCACAUCACCAUCAUCAUCAUCAUCACAACAUGGCCUCCUUUUUCCUGCCUUUUUCUCCCAUCGAAAUGCAAAGACCAUCAGGAAUUCAUCAUGUCCCAACAUCGAAAAUGUGCACCUCAUUUUUACCAUCUUUCCUUCAAUAAUGGCCUUAUUUACUUAAUAAUACUUGAACAAAUAAACCUGAUAAUAAAUAGGGAGGGAACAACAGCUUUAAAUAAUUGGAUGGUGACAAUUGGUUUCAACACAAAGAUUUCUUUUGUGUCUUCACGAGAGUCCUCCACUCUGGUAGAUGACUCCUUCAUAUAAGCACCUCGGCAAUAAGCGGCCACUAUUCGAGGAAAUGUGGUAAUUUGAAUUUGUUCCACAAGUGUGUAAUCAAAGGUACACUGUGUUGUAGCGUUUUGUUUUGAAUACUUUUCAUAGUUGCUCACUAUUAAACCUGUGUGUGUGUGUGUGUGUGCGUGCGUGUGCACGCGCGUGUGGCCUGAGGUCUUUGCAUUCUCAUCUCAAGUGUGCUGAGUGUUAAACGUGUGCUACUUUUGACAUUUGAGCUUUUGGUUUUGUUUUGUUUUUCUGCCCAAAAGACAAAAGAAGAUAGAGAAGGGAAGUACGCUUGAAUUUAAAUGUUUGCUUUCAUCCAGCUUUUUUUCUUCAGUCCAAAACUGACAUCCAUGGACUUUUUUUCAAUGGUGCCAAAAUA